AUGCUCCAAGCUUACCGGAACCUGCGUAGGCCUCCGCACCCCGUGGUGCUGCAGUGGAUUGCAGAGGCGUGGGAUCAAGUCCCCAGGCAGGUCAUCAUUGACGCGUUCCGCCACUGUGGGAUUUCAAGCAAGCUAGACGGGACGGAGAACCACCUCGUGAUGUCGCACCUGCGCGCGAGGAGCACCACCGAUGUCUCUGAGGACAUGACUCUCGGGGGAACCACGGGCGACAACACGCGCCUGCUUGGGCAGGCUCCAGAGGAGGAGGAGGAGGAGGAGGAGGAGGAGGAGGAGGAGGAGGAGGAGGAGGAGGAGGAGGAGGAGGAGGAGGAGGAGGAGGAGGAGGAGGAGGAGGAGGAGGAGGAGGAGGCGGAGAUGCAGGCGGAGGGCGUCAGGGAGGUGGCCGUGGCAACCGGCCUGGAGGUGCUGUACCAGGAGACCCCCAACUACCGCGGAGCGGCGGCUGAGGCUGACCGCAUGAUCGAGCCAACCCAGACGGCUAGGCAUGCCUGGCGAGUGCCAGACCUGGGUGUUAGGGAGCCUGUUAUUGCUGCAGAUGAGGAGGCUGUGACGGAGGGGGGCUAG